GGUUUCAUCCUGUGUGCGACUACCCCUGAGUUCGUUUUCUUUGUGUUUUACGUCCGGUAGUUAAGUCGUCAGGACUUACUUCAGACGACUGGCUUUUUUCAACACGAAACGAAGUGUGUCUACGUUCGGAUUCAUCACCCGGAUCAUUACAUGUCCGUAAGUUUACUAGGCAAACACGACAAACACUGCGCUAUUACGGGUACCACCGCCUCUUAUGAUUAACUUAUGAUGCUCCUAAGCCUUGAGUACAGUCACGCCGCAAUUAUAAGCACGUACUAAAUGUUGUGUCAUUAUAAAACCUUAACAGUUUUUACAAUAUCCUAAUGAUACUUCACGCGCGCCACCAUUACUACAAAACAACAGGAUGGCAAGGAACAAAAUUUAUAUGACGUUCGUAUAAAUGUACGACGGCAAAAAUAAGCGCGAAUGGUCGUUUGAACCGUCUUCCUGCGCCUCGGCCCUGUUUUGAUUCACUCCGAUCCGCUUUGUCUGAACUGUGCGUCACCACGGUGUUCUAGUACUUUAAUAAAUAACAUUAGAAAAAUUAUUUGUUGGUGGAGUAUGAACGUAGACGGCAAAUUUUGCAGGUCCUGCCUGAUACAGGGUGCAAUGCCCUUCGUUACCCACAGCGUUCGGAACGCAUUAAAAACUCGAAAGCCGUGUCUCCACUGAACAACAACAACAGCAACAACAGCAACAAUUGUUCCUCGGUAUUUGUAGGCUGCGGCUUCAUUUGAAGACUUUAACGAAUUACUGCCAUGAGGAUUGAUAGUGAUUCGAGCUUCACUUUAAGUUUACGGUAUACAAAACCAAGCACGCACUCUAGGGUACUCAAUAUCAAGUACCUUGCGUUCGGGGCAGUGGCAGUUACUAUUAUAGUGGUCCUCUGGGUAGUCUUCAUUCCCAAAGAUGCACACCAAACAGGUCAACGGGCUACCUGUAAACUAAUUGGGUCUGUGAAAGGUACCUUGGUCCUCGAAGAAGUUGAUGGCAAACUCAAAAUCGAAGGCAAACUAAGCAAUAUUACGCUUGGAAAGCAUGCCAUUCAUAUUCACGAAUCAGGGAACAACUGCCUCGAUGCUGGACCGCAUUAUAAUCCAACCAAUGUUGACCACGGGGGUCCAACCGAUAAAGUGCGACACAUUGGCGAUUUCGGGAACUUCGAUAUCACGAGCGAUCCUUUUUUACUAUCAUACGAGGAUCCCGUCGCAAAGCUCCAUGGGUCGUGGCCAGUUCUUGAUCGGGGCAUUGUUAUUCAUGCGAGCGAGGAUGAUCUCGGUAGAGGACAUAAUCCCGCUUCGAAAAAGAACGGAAACGCUGGAGCUCGCCUUGCCUGUUGCCCGAUUACAGCAAUUUAACAGCAAAUUAAUACGCCUAUGCUGAUUCGUAUUUGAUUUAUAUAUACGUAAAUAUCUAGAUAUAAACAGUAGUUAUUUUGCCGGAAUCGAUAAUCAAGCUGCUUAGUGUAUUUAUAUAGAUAUUAUUAGACGAAAAGCCUCUGGCCAGCUACUGCUGUUAACGGUCGACCUGGUUGCCGUUAUGUCCGUCGUUAUAAUAAUAAUCAUUAUUACGACGGACAUUAUUAUAUUACAUAUCUAAUUAUCGCGUUUUUUAGACCGUGUGUCCAUCUUCCGCGUGCAGUGUUCUCAAUACUGAAUAGUCUUCUUAUGGGAACAAGCGUGUAUUGGUAGGAGUCAUUUUUAAUAGGUAACAUCAAUUGUGUGUCAAAUUGCGUACGCUGAAUAAAAGAGGCUAUCUUGCCUUAGCCAUA